GAGCUCGCUAGCACCAGAGGUUUUAUAACCAACAUGAGGGCGACCUGCACCGAGCACAGCUUACUGCGUGUUUUAGUCCUGAACUGUUUUAUCUUCCUGAUGUGCUUCACCUGCGCCGAAAUUGCGGCUGGGAGGAAAAUGGCCUCUGGUCAUACCACGCUAAAGCGCAGCCGCCGGAGUCACCAGAGCUCAAAGCACAAAGGCGCACACCACCGGCCGCUGACGGAAGAGCAGAAAGCGGACCAGAACCUGCAGUUCAUGUUGAGUUUGUACCGCAGCGCAGCGGAGCCGGACGGCAGACCCAAACAGCACCGGAAGUUCGGCUCCAACACGGUCCGCCUGCUGAGACCAUCGGAGUCGUCGGUGCACUACCUGCCCGUGUCAAGAGACCACCACUACACCUUCACAGUGCAAUACAACCUUGACACUCUUCCCUCGGAGCAGCUGAUCAGAGCUUCGUUCGUCCACCUUAGAGCUUCUUCUCCUCCGUCCUCUUCCUCCUCCUCCUCUUCCACAACUUCAAGCACUUCGCAGACCCGCGAACUGCCCAGCUGCAAGGCUCAGAUCACUUCACUGGGCAAAGAGAGCCUGGUCACCAUGGAGCCUUACGAGCAGUGGACAGAGACGGACAUCACCGCUCACGUCAACAGACACUUCCUGAAGGGGAAGGACCAGGGUGAUGUGGGACACUUGACCCUCACAGCCCAGUAUUGGUGCACAGAUCCUGGGCACGCUGAUGAGGACAGCGGCCUCUGGUGGUGGUGGACUCAUCUACGAGGGAGAGAAAGAUGGCGAGGGGAGCCUCACCUGGAAGUGCCAUCCCUUCUUCUCUAUCUGGAAGAAAAUAGGGAGACGAAGGACUGGAUGGGGGAGUUGCUGGGGGUUGAAGAUGAAAGCACUAUGAGCGGCAUUGGGUUGUGGCAGCCAUCGGUUCGACGCCACCGGCGCUCCAAAGGGUCCUCACCUUCAGAGACCAAAGAUUCUUCAUUGGACGCUCUGAAAAACGCCCCCACUUCCUCCUCCUCUUUUUCCACCUCCCCCUCUUCCUCCAUCAUCUCCGUCAUCCCCAAUUACAAGCUCAAAACGAGCACGCCCAAGAACCGCUGCAAGCUCCACUCGUUCCGCCUCUCCUUCGACGAGCUCGGUUGGGGUCACUACUUCAUCGCUCCGCCGGUGUACAACCCUCGCUUCUGUCAGGGCGACUGUCCGAGAGUUCUCCACUACGGCUACCACUCCCCCAACCAUGCCAUCAUCCAGACGCUCAUCAACGACCUGGGCGUCGGGGACGUUCCUCCGCCGUCCUGCGUGCCGUACAAGUACAUGCCCAUGAGCGUGCUGGUUGUGCACAAGAAGAAGGUGGAGUACAGGGAGCUGGAGGACAUGGUGGCCGAGUCGUGCACGUGUCGCUAG